AGAGCUGCCCAACAGAAGACGCAACAAUGGCAGUGGUACAGGUCCCAUACACAAAAAUCUCAUCCUUGAACAUUGGUUCUUCAGUGACAAUCAAAGGGACACCUGCCAUGUCUUUCGUCAUGAGCCCAGAACUGCAGGUGGAUUUCCACACGGGAACUGAAGAGGACUCAGACAUCGCCUUCUAUUUCCGCGUGUACUUUGGCAACUGUGUGGUGAUGAACAGCCGUCAGUUUGGGGACUGGAAGUCAGAGGAGAGAUACGACAGUAUGCCUUUUGUGGAUCGUCAACCAUUUGAGCUGUGCAUCUCAGUGCUGCAAAAUGAGUACCAGAUAAAGAUAAAUGGCCGUCAGUGUUACAAGUUUUCCCAUCGACUCCCGCCAGAGAGCGUGAAGAUGAUCCAGGUGUGGAGAGAUGUCUCCCUGAGUUCAGUGAGUGUCCAGUAGAGAAGGAUGCGACCAGAAUCCCCGUUGUCAAGGAGAUCCCUCCACCUCAGUGACCCUGUGGUUCCCAGAGCUGGCUAACACAUGGGUUCUCAC